UUAAGAAUUUUAAUUAUGUCGUCUAUCCAACCAAGUGCCUGCACCUAUUUUAUAGUUUUUUUUUUUAAAUUCAGCUAGUCAAAUUAAUAUAUGUUUACUCAAUUAGCAAUGUAAUUAUCAUAAUGUAGCUAUCUUAACCUAGCUAACGAUCUUUGCUGUUUUUAAUUUAACGUAAAACCAACAUAUUAAAAAGUAACAUACGUGUAGUGUCACUAUGCCCCUUAAUCAGAUAUUUAAAAGCAUAUCAGGCAGUGAUAAAGGCGUUUUGAAAAAUAUUUUUUGGGAAGGAGUCUUACCUUCAGAAUUACCAAUUUGAGUUUUUUUUGUUUACUAAUAGUCUAAGUAAUUACUGUUACUUUUGACGAGUAAAGUGCCGAAAUGAGAAUGUUAUAUGUUGAACUUGUAAGGCGUAUGUAAGGAGGUACUAUAUUUUUUAAUUUGGAGCGGAAGCCUGGAAAGGAAGUGGUUUUUCUAAAUAUCAAAGAGGAUAUGAAGGAACCGGCAGCGAAUGAAGACUUGAUGGUGAAGCAGGAGCCCAGUGAGAUAGUUUUCCCUCUAAUCAAAGAGGAGUCGGUGAAUGAACUGGCAACUCGCGAAGUCGGCUGUUCCGAGCAGAAGCCGUGCCAGGUAGUCUUCCCUCCAAUCAAGGAGUUGAAGAAUGAACCGCCGGCAGACGGAGGCGUCUGUGUGAAGCAGGAGCCGAGCGAGCUGGGUUUCCCGCCAAUCAAGGAGGAGUUGGAUGAACCAUGUGAAGACAGCUGGCAGCCAGAACCCGGCAGUUCCUCUGCCAGCCAGGACUACACUCUGUGCAAGCAACAAGUGAAGGAGGAGAUAACUAUAGAAGAGCACCCUAUAGCUGCAGCCAAAGCAGCUGAAUGGAAUGAACCACACAGCUGUGCUAGUCUCCAUAGCAACACUGCAUCUGACUACAUCGGACUCAGCUCACAAGACUUACCAGAUACCAGCAACUUAUUCAAGCCAGAAGUGACUUACAGUGACCCCACAAAAUUAUCAAGCUGUACAAACCGUUACCCGGGAUCCAAUGAAAAUAGUUGUGUUAGCAUUCAGAAUAUGUGCACAUGUAAACCAACACAGGAGGAGCACAUUUGUACACUAACUAAAACGAAAACUUACUCAUGUACAGUUUGUUCUGCUAAGUUUACCAAGACUACUGGUCUGAAAAAGCACACUCUUACACAUAUUGGAGAAAAACCUUUCUCAUGUAUUGAAUGUUCUGCUAAGUUUAAGUAUGCUAGUACUCUGAAGCAGCACACUCGUAUACAUACUGGAGAAAAACCUUUCUCAUGUACAGAAUGUUCUGCUAAGUUUAGCUAUGCUAAUAGUCUGAAGAAGCACACUGUUACACACAGUGGAGAAAAACCUUUUUCAUGUACAGUUUGUUCUGCUAGGUUUUACAAUGCUAGAAGUCUGAAGCAGCACACUUGGAUACAUACUGGAGAAAAACCUUUCUCAUGUACAGUAUGUUUUGCUAAGUUUACCUUGGCUGACAGUUUGAAGCGGCACACUCGCAUACAUACUGGAGAAAAACUUUUCUCAUGUACAGUAUGUUCUGCUAAGUUUACCCAGGCUAGUAAUCUGAGACAGCACAGUCUUACACAUACUGGAGAAAAACCUUUCUCAUGUACAGUUUGUUCUGCUAAGUUUAGCUAUGCUACUAGUCUGAAGCAGCACACUCGUUCACACACUUUAGAAAAAGCUUUCUCAUGUACAGUAUGUUCUGCUAAGUUUAGCUAUGCUAAUAGUCUGAAGAACCACACUGUUACACACAGUGGAGAAAAACCUUUUUCAUGUACAGUAUGUUCUGCUAAGUUUACCCUGGCUGGCAGUUUGAAGCGGCACACUCGCAUACAUACUGGAGAAAAACCUUUCUCAUGUACAGUAUGUUCUGCUAAGUUUACUUAUGCUUCUGUUCUGAAGCAGCACACUCUUACACAUGCAGUAGAAAAACCUUUCUCAUGUACAGUAUGUUCUGCUAGGUUUUACAAUGCUAGAAAUCUGAAACAGCACACUGUUACACACAGUGGAGAAAAACCUUUUUCUUGUACAAUUUGUUCUGCUAGGUUUUACAAUGCUAGAAGUCUGAAGCAGCAUACUUGGAUACAUACUGGAGAAAAACCUUUUUCUUGUACAGUUUGUACUGCUAAGUUUACCCUAGCUGAAAAUUUGAAGCGGCACACUUGCAUACAUACGGGAGAAAAACCUUUCUUAUGUACAGUAUGUUCUGCUAAGUUUACCCUGGCUGGAAGUUUAAAGGAGCACACUCGCAUACAUACUGGAGAAAAACCUUUUUCAUGUACAGUAUGUUCUGCCAAGUUUACCUUUUCUGGCAGUUUGAAGCGACACACUCGCAUACAUACUGGAGAAAAACCUUUCUCAUGUACAGUUUGUUCUGUUAAGUUUACCGAUGCUUCUAGUCUGAAGCAGCACACUCAUACACAUACUGGAGAAAAACCUUUCUCAUGUAUAGUAUGUUCUGCUAAGUUUACCCAGGCUAGUAGUCUAAGGCAGCACACUCUUACACAUGCAGUAGAAAAACCUUUCUCAUGUACAGUAUGUUCUGCUAGGUUUACCCGGGCUAGUCGUCUGAGGUGUCACACCCGUACACACAAAUGAGAAGAACCUACUGAUGUUCAGUAUAUUCUGCCAAGUUCAAAUCAGGCUAGUCUUCUGAGGUAACACAUUCAUACUCACACUGGAGGAAUUAUAUUUCUAAUAAAUAUAAUUUUUGUUAUAUUUAGUUAUGUGUCGAACACUCUUAGCGAAUAAUUCCGCCGUGCUACUGAAAACCUAUUCACAGCUGCGCGAACUUCCACUCUUAGCUUAACUUGCGCAACCUGUAUACGUCAACAAGGGGACUGACCUGCCGCUCGCAAGGUCGUCUGCCAGGACAGAUGGAGAGGGGUGUGGGGGGAAAAGGACCGUGUCGUCGCCCGCAGAUUACGGGUCGUAUAGCAGGCUGUGCAGGGGAAAGGGGGGGAAGAGUCCAGCUGACAGGGAGAAAGACACGCGCGCCUGAUACCGCGCUGCCUGCACGAACGUCGCACGGGAAAGGGUGGUCUCUAACACCGCGCGCAAACACAAUCCCAGCAGGACGUUAAAAGUUAAUACAAUUUUAAAAUACAAAGAGCAAUAUAACUACAGGGAGUAUCAGCGAUCAGUUCACAAUGUUAAAUUAAAAUCCAAAAA